AUGCCGUCCAUCCCCACCCGUGGUGGCCGUCCCCGCCAGGGGAGGGACAGGGCACGGCUCCAGUGCCCCCAGCUCUGCACGCCGCCGCUCUCAGCCCCUCGCCACUCGAGCUCCGUGGGGUUUGGCUGCCACCCCACGCUGCUUCACCACGCGGCACGCUCGGGAACCGGGAAAAUUAGCAGGGAGGCCGGCUCUGGCAGCCCGGUGGCGCAGGGUGCCGAGGGGGGAAUGCCUCCGCCGGGGCCCUGUACCGGGACUGCCCUCCGUCCCAGCGGGGCAUACCGGGCUGCGGGACCCCCCAGGUGCUGCCGGGGCCAGGGCACGGAUCUCGCCUGUCCCGGCGGUGCCCGGGUGGUGCCCGGCGCGGGGCCCCGGGGCGGCGGGGAGGGGUCCGUGGGCGGGGCGGGGCCCCGGGGCGGCGGUGCCGGUGCGGGCCGGGCUCACGUUACGGCGGCCCCAUUGGCCGGGGCGGGCCGGGGCGGGGCUGCCGGGCAGCGCCGGGAGGCGGCGGGCACGGCCGGGCGCUCCGUCCGCUGUCGCUGCUGCUGCUGCUCCGGCACCGGCGGCACUGGGAGCGGCGCCGGGGGAGCAGGACCGGGCAUGCACAACGCCCGCCCGGACGAGCUCGGCGCCGACCGGUGGUGCCGGCGGGACGCGGGGCCGACGCUGCGGGCGCACAUGCAGGGCACGCGGCAGGCACCGCACCACCCCGGCAGGGCUCCGGGACCGGCCCCCCGUGCCCCGCGCCCCGGCUCGGCGGCGGACUCGGCCUGCAGCCUGGAUCCGGGAGGCGAGGAGGAGGAGGGGGGAAGCCCGGCCGCUCGCUCCCCCCCGGCCAGCGAGCGCAGCCUGGAGUUCGACUCGGGGUACUCGGAGGCGUCGGGGGGAACGUGGAGGGAAGAGGAGGUGCCCGUGCGGCGCCGGCAUCUGCUGCCCUGCCAACGGGCACACCGGCUCUCCGCCGGCCCCGCCGCACCACCGCCCGCCCCCGCCCGCCGUGUCCGCCCCAAAUCCACCUCGGACGCCUGCCUGGAGCAGUGGCGGGCCCUGGAGCCCGCCGACACGCAGGACUGGACCGUAGCACUGCUGUCGCAGAGCCGGAACCGGCAGCCACUGGUGCUGGGCGACAACUGCUUCGCUGACCUGGUGGAGAACUGGAUGGACCUGCCCGAGGUGGGCGCCGAACCGCGUCGCAGAGCUCCUGCCGAACCCUCCCGCCGGCUGGCCAAGCCCCCCGCCUUCCUGCUCAGCCUCUCGGGCAAUGUACGCCGUAAGCUGGCCAACAUGGCCCGACCCCGGGGGGCCGACGGUGCCCGCCCGGGCGGCCGCGAUACCACCAAGCGUUUCUCCUGCCCGCUGGGGCUGGGGGGACAGCCCAAGGGCGCCUGCUUCCAUCAGUCCCACAGCAACAUCGCCCAGCUGGCCACGGACUUUCACCGCUUCACCGCCUUGAUGAACAGCCGCAGCCGCCAGCCCAUCAUCUGCAACGACGUUAUCGGCUACAUUUAGCCCUGCUGCUGCGGCCCGCACCCCCACCCUGUAAAUAAACCCCCGUUUUGU